AUGGCGGCGGCCGGGGGUCACCUGCAGGAGCUCUGCGAGGCACUCACCUGUCCCAUCUGCCUGGACUUUUUCAGGGACCCGGUGAGCAUCCCCGAGUGCGGCCACAGCUUCUGCCGAGCCUGCCUGGCCUCGGGCUGGGGGGAGUCGUCGGGGGCCUCGGAGCCUUCCCGCUGCCCCCAGUGCAGAGAAACAGUUCGGCAAAGGAACCUCGUGCCAAAUCGGCAGCUGGCAAACGUGGUGGGGAGACUGAAGAAAAUCAGCCUCCGGAGCGGAAACGGGGAAGCAGCCGAGGAGGAAGGGGUUUGCGGGAGACACCAGGAGGCUCUGAACCUUUUCUGCCGAAAUGAGGAGACCCUCCUCUGCGAGAGACUGGAGGAGCACCAAGGCCAUGAGGUGGUUCUUGCCCAGGAAGCUUCCCAGCAACACAAGGAUGUCAGAAGCACCUUGCAGAGGUGUCAGGAGGAGGAGGAGAAGUUUGAGGAUCCAGUGGCUUUUCCUCCUCAACUGAAGUGGAGAAUCUGGGACAUCAGUUGCCUCGACUUUUUACUGAAAGUUGUUGCAAAGCAGUUCAAAGCACACACAACUCGCUAUUAUGGAAUCUUAAAAAAACGGCUUCAGCUGCCCGUCUGGGAGUAUAAGGAAAGGUUUACCAAUAUCUUGACGAGGCACCAGUGUUUCGUGCUUGUUGGUGAGACAGGUUCUGGUAAAACAACACAGAUCCCUCAGUGGUGUGUUGACUACAUGCGAUCACUGCUGGGACCGAGGAGAGGUGUGGCAUGUACCCAGCCCAGGAGAGUUGCUGCAAUGAGCGUGGCUCGGCGGGUUGCCGAUGAAAUGGAUGUGAUGUUGGGCGAGGAAGUGGGUUACUCCAUUCGAUUUGAAAACUGCAGUUCAGCAAAAACUAUUCUCAAGUACAUCACUGAUGGUAUGUUACUGCGUGAAGCUAUGAAUGACCCUUUGCUGGAACGCUAUGGAGUAAUAAUUCUUGAUGAAGCCCAUGGAAGAACUUUGGCUACCGAUAUUUUGAUGGGACUUUUGAAAGAAGUUGUAAGGCAAAGGUCUGACUUAAAAGUUAUAGUUAUGAGUGCUACUCUAGAUGCCAGAAAGUUUCAAAUUUAUUUUGAUAACUGUCCUCUUCUCACUAUCCCUGGUCGUACGCAUCCUGUGGAGAUUUUUUAUACUCCAGAACCAGAGAGAGAUUACUUUGAGGCAGCUAUUCGUACAGUAAUCCAGAUUCACAUGUGCGAAGAAGUGGAAGGAGACCUUCUUCUCUUCCUUACCAGCGAAGAGGAAAUAAAUGAAGCUUGUAAGAGAAUAAAGUGUGAAAUUGAUGGUCUGGGCCCUGAAGUUGGUGACAUUAAAAUCAUUCCAUUAUAUUCGACACUUCCACCAGAGCAGCAGCAGAGGAUUUUUGAGCCGCCCCCUUCGAAAAAACCAAACGCUGCCUGUCUGGGAGUAUAA